AUGAAUAAGUGGACACUUAAAUUUGAGAAUUAAGCCUUGGAAAAUUAAUUUUAGGUGAAGUAAUAAGAUAACUACAAAACCUUUAUUUUCAAAGUUAUAUCUAUUUCAUCCAUUCUAAUGCAUAUAGGAAAGCUUGUUUCUGAUUCAUAUUAAAAUACUCCUUUAAGAAUUGAAUUAUAAGCUCCAGGAUUGAUUAUUUCGGUAAUCACUUUAUUUGUGAUAUUUAAACAUCCAUAAUAUUCUUCAAAUAUGAUGACUUUGUUAAAUUACUCCUUUUCUAUAGCUUAAUUUUGGGUUGAUAACACUUAUGGUUAAUAAAGAAGUUUUGUUCUUGGGUCAAACAUUACAGCGUCUUAAAUGAUUUUGAUGAUGUCAUUGGACUAUUAUUAAAUAGUCCCAUAGAUCGUAAUACAAUGUAUGUUAAAGUUGUUGAUAUUGAGUAAAUAUCAGGAAGAGAAUUUAAGAAUUGUUACAAUAUUGUAUAGUGUACUUGUAGCAGUUAGUGAGAUUGUAGCAUAUUAUUUGAUAGGCUAAGCUAAGAGAAAACAGUUUUUGUUGACUGUCAAAGAAGAUAGAUACUUACAAUAUUUGCCCAAAUUUAUUUCAGUUCCUUUCAUCUUGUUUGAUUAUUAACAAGGCUAGUUUUAGCCUAUUAUUUUAAGCAAGUAAAGUAAAAUCAAAAGAUGGAACGCUAACCUUUGCGAUGGUUGUAAUUUAAGAAGUUUAAUUAGAUAUAUUUAUUUUGAAAAUUAAACAUUAGAAAAUUAUUUGUUAGAAAAGUUGAGUACAAUAAAAAGCUCUUUUGAAUAAGGUAACACUAUAGAAGAAUUUUCAUUUACUUUUCGAGGUUACUCAUAAAUUGAUUUCAUAAUAACGAUAACCGAUAAAAUUAGAUUUUUAGUUAAAUUUGUCGGGGCAACGUAAUGUUCAGUACAAGAGAAAAUAGCCAUUGAUAAAAUUAAUCAUUUUUAUCGUUUGAUAAGAAAAGUUUUCAAAUGUGUUUAAAAACCUUAAAAAUAUUAAAACAUGCUAUUUGAUAUCUCGAUUUAAUUUAUUUCUGGAUUUUAUUUAUAUGGAAAUAAAGAAGUUCACUACUAUCCAGUUGAAGUUCUUAAAAAUAUCAUAAAGUUUGUUGGAGCAGCAAAUGUUUUAAUGAAUGCUGAAUAAACAACUGAAGGCUAUAGUUUGAUAGGUUCAAAAAAUUAGUUUUCGGUUUUUUUUUUAUAAGUAUGCAGAAUAUUAAUGAUUACACACAGUGAACUUGAAUUUAUUGUCAUAAGAGUAUCUAUAACAGGAGAUAGUUAGUUGAUUUUUGAAUUUAGUUUGAAAAAGGAGAAUUUAUAGAAGUUUAUUCAUCUGUAUAAGAUUAACAAAUUUUUACAAUCUUUAGAAUAGGUUCUUUUUGAGAAAAGUAUUAAUUUUUAGAGCAAUUGUUAAUUGAAAAUGAAGAGAAUUUCGUAUGAUGAACUUAAAAAAUCAUCUGAAAUUUGA